UUUCUUUCUUCCCCGCAAGCGGCUUCCUCUCACAUCGCAGAAUGGAGGAGAGAGGUGAGGAGUCGUCGGCUUUCUCUGUCAGGGUCUUCACUCUGAAGGAGGAGGCGAGGGCUGAGGAGGAGCACAUGGAGACACACGAGGAGGAGGUGCGGGUCCAGGAGGAGGUGAGCAGGGAGCAGCAGGUCAGUGUGGGCAGAGAGAGAGCAGAGCAGGAGCUUACUGUGCUCCUCAACACAGGACAGGAGGCUCAGCAGCUCACUGUGCAGGAUGCCAACAGAGCAUCAGUCUUCCAAUUUACUGUUUCCAAAGAGAUGGACUGUUGCCAGGUCGGAGGUCAGUCCUUCCUCUUCACUGUCGGCAAGCUGAGUCUUCUGCUGAAAUUCAAAUCUCCAGCUGAGAUGAAGGACUUCCAGCGGUUGUUGAAGAGAGGGGAUGAUGAAGAGACGAGGAAAGGUUGCACAGAAAGAGAUGAGGCAGGAAACAAGGAUGCAGAGAGAGUCCAAACACCUUCUAGGAGACAUCCCACUACAUUUGAAACAAGUUCUAAAAAUUCCCCUACACAGGGCUACCAGUUCCACAGCUGUGUGUCCCAGCAGCAGAGCCUGCUUCAGGACUACCUGAGGAUCACCACCUACCAGAGAGCCAUUUUGGUCAAUGAGGCUGAUUUCAGAGACAAGGUGGUUCUGGAUGUGUGUUGUGGUUCUGGUAUUCUGUCUUUCUUUGCAGUCCAGGCGGGAGCCACAAGAGUGUAUGCGGUUGAGUCUAGCCCCAUGGCCAAAUAUACACAGAUCCUGGUCCAGAGUAACUGUCUGUCUGAGCGGAUCAGGGUCCUAGAGGGAGAGGUGGAGGAGGUCAGCUGUCCUGAUAUGGUGGACGUCAUUGUCUCUGAGCCAAUGGGUUACAUGCUGCUCAGUGACAGACUCAUGGAGAGCUUCUUGCAUGCCAGAAAAUGGCUCAAACCCAAUGGUCUGAUGUUUCCCUCCUAUGGUGAUAUUCAUCUGGCUCCCUUCAAUGACGAGCAGCUCUACUUCGAACACUUCGCACGAGCUAGUUUCUGGCAGCAGAGAAGCUUCUACGGCGUUAACCUGAAUGCUCUUCAUGGUACUGCAGUGGAUGAGUUUUUCAAGCAGCCUAUAGUGGACACAUUCGAUGUGCAGAUCCUGAUGGCCAGGUCGGUCAAGCACUGCAUCAACUUCAUGGAGGUUAAAGAAGAAGACUUACACAGAAUGGAGAUUCCCUUUGUGUUUACCCUGCUGCAGUCUGGUCUGGUCCAUGGACUUGCCUUCUGGUUCGAUGUGGCCUAUUUGGGAUCCACGUCAACAGUGUGGCUCUCCACAGCUCCCUCUGAGCCUCUGACCCGCUGGUAUCAGGUCAGAUGUUUGCUUCAGACGCCACUCUUCGCCAAGCUUGGACAAACUCUGUCCGGGACUGUCCUGCUGGCCGCUAACAACAGGCAUAGCUACGACAUCCACAUCACAGCCACAGUCGACCAAUCAGGCUUCAGAUCUGGAAACAUCCUGGACCUCAAGAACCCUUUCUUCAGGUGAUUUCCAUCUUAUCUGAAUUCCCAAAAUUCCGAUUCUAAUCAAUGACAAUCAGCAAGUGAAGGAUUCUGUGUGUAGGACACUGUCAUGAUUCUACAGCUAGAGACCUCCAGACUAUUGGCAACAUAGAGGUCCAGCGGUUGGCCUCUCUCCUCCUGGAUUCAGGGUGAGGAGAACAGAGGGACCUCAUAUGGAAUCAUCAGAUGUCACAACUCCACACACCAGAACUUUUUAUUUUGCUUUUUAUACAUUUUGUCAACAAACAUCGGUGCUGAAAAUAAAAUCCCUUUAGUAUAAACUCCAUAUAUAUAGAGAGAGGCACAGAAGUCACAGUGCGAUAACACAUAAUGCAUUGCAUGACACAUACAGACAUGCACAAGGAAACCGGAAACUGCCUUUUCUAUGCCAGCAGUUUUCUCUGUGCAUGUAUUUCAUUUGCUGUAAUAAAAUUGUCCCCUCACAAA